AUGGUUGCGGCCGGGAAUUAUCGUGAUGCUAUUGUUUGCGCCACGGUGUUUGAUUUCCAGUCACAUUUUACGCUUAACGAAUUAGUCAUCCCAUGCAUGCUGCAAGACCGUUUCGUUGCCGUCGAUGCGUUUAUCAAAGGCGAGAAGAAACUGCAGGAAGAGCUUGUGCGGUAUUUUGAUGGCUUGGUUGGGCUCGAUGAACGUGGUGAAUUAUUUUAUCUUAUCGCAAAGCGCUAUGAGGAAUAUCGUCAGAAAAAAAUAAUGACGAUCCCGAUGGCGAAACUACAAAAAAAAGCUAUCGAAAAGCUCGUUGUUCGAUUACUAUCGGCGUAUAAUUUGACAGCUCAAGAUGUGGCACCAAAUUUGAGCCGAACAAGGCGCGAAGGCUCACUCAGACAUAUAACAUUCCUAUAUAAGAUGGAACGACGAAGUGUUGCAAACAUGGAGCUUUUCCCGGGCCAUCCGAUCAGAAUGAUCGCAGAUGUGGAUGACAUUGCACGACUGUAUCCAGUGAUCGCAAACGCAGAUAUAAUCGGAAUUGAUACGGAAUGGAAGCCACUUUUUAUGAGCACAACUGAACAGGUGAAAAAGAGGCUUUGUUUUAGGCUUUUUAGGCUUCAACAAAAAUUCAGGCUUAGCAGAGGUCCAGUUUAG